GUCCGAACGAGGCCCAGAAAUUUCCGGAAUUUUAAAAUGGUUCUGUCUUUCCAAUAAGCUCGACUCGUCAAAAGUCGUGGUUCUUCCUCAUAGCCAGAUUAUUGAGCGUAACCCCACACAAACGGUCUCCCAUGGGCACGCACACAGAGACAGUAGAAGGAAGAGUUGGUGGAAAAAUUGCCAUCGUUACCGGUGCCAGCAACGGGAUUGGUCGUGAAAUAGCCCUCUUGCUGGGAAAAGAAGGCGCGACAGUAGUAUGUGCUGAUAUCUCUCCAAAAUCCCGAGAUGGCUCAACUGCCUCAACGCAUGAUGCUAUCGUAGAAGCUGGUGGUAAAGCCGUCUUUCAGAAAGCAGAUGUCACAUCUGAGACAGAUAUGGCUGCGCUCGUUGAUUCUGCUUUUAUGCAGUUCGGCCGACUCGAUAUAAUGAUCAACAAUGCAGGGAUAGCACUGGAAAGUGGUGCGCCAAAGUCGAUCUGGGAAUACGACGAGAAGGCCUUCAAUCUCACGUUGGAUGUCAACGCAAAAGGUGUCUUCCUCGGCUGCAAGCAUGCCAGCAGGAUCAUGAAAGAUCAGACCCCCGGAAUCACAGGGGAUAGAGGCUGGAUCGUGAACACAGCCUCGAUCCUGGGCUUGAUUGCUUUACCUAAUACAAUGGCGUACACGGCUUCUAAGCAUGCGUGUGUCGGCAUCACUCGAGUAGCAGCACUUGACUGUGCUCCACAUAGAAUUCAUGUGAACGCGGUUUGCCCAGGAUUCAUCGCUACGGACAUGACGCAACAUGUUCGGGCCAAUGCAGACAAUUACGCAAAAAUCUCAGCCAUGCACCCGUUCGGAGGUUUUGGCAAGCCCGACGACAUUGCGCGGGCAGUUCUAUUCCUCUGUUCGCCGGAUAAUACCUAUAUGACUGGUGGUCAGUCCGCAAAACAGCAUGAGGUAGUGCCCACAUUAACGCGCUUUGCAGAGUAA